AAGUUUCCAGCAGCUUUUGAAUGAGAAAGGAAAGGACUUCCCCUGAGGUGACUAACGGGUAAGUAGGUACGUACUCUGCAGUUUUAAGUUCUACUUGCUACUAUACGGGACAAACAUGAGUACCGGAAUUUCAGGAGCACGAGCAAUCGCUUUCUGUUGAUUUUUCGUCAGUGUUGUCCCCCUCGUCUCACAUCUAGAUUUACAUGCCACCACUCUAAUUUUUGCGUGGGUAAAACAAGAAGUAAUGUCUUCGCUCUUCCAGUUACGACGUGUUGUUGGGGCGGAUGUAGGCGAAGAUACAACCUCCACAACGUCGUCAACAGCGGGACGACCACGCCGCACGAGGAAGGUAUUCGAAGCACUAAAAAAGGUCGUCCUUCUCGGGAGAAGCAAGACGUCGCGGAGCACCAGCAGGUCUUCCGCGAUCAUGAAGAGCAAGGGGCCUGUUUCAAGAAUGACACGUGGUCGCCCAGAACAGCCCCAGCUGGCUUCGCUUUGCUUGUCGGCAGCUGCAGCCUUCGCUCUCCUCUGUUCGGUCUUUGUUCCUGAGCAUAAUGAUCCUGCUGUACUAUUCGUUCGCUUGGCCGCCGGGUUCUCAGUGACGUCUUUGAAUAAGAAGAAAACCAGUUCUACUUCUCGAAUUGGCAGCACUACGCGAACGGGAAAAAUAAAGAAGAUACGACAGAACAACAGGAAGAACUCUUUUGGAAACAACAAGAAAAGCAGCAUGCUGGGACAAGUUCAAGGAGAAAACCAGAAGCAGGCGCAAAGUUCGAAGAUCAAAAAUCGGAUCCGCGCGGCGACGAAUAGUGGAGGUAGAAGUUCAGGCUCUUCUCCUGCUGCUGGUCAUGCAGUGCGACGACGAGGAGCAGGUGACCCCGUUGCUUCUACUUUCGAAGAAAAAGCAGCUGCAGAUCCUCGUAUAGAUUUCCUGGACGAUGAACUGCAGGAAGGCACACGUAGUGGAAAAGAAGAACGUGGUCAAGAUGAAGAACACCUGCAACACGACCCGACCUCCACCAGCAUGUUAGAAGAAGGAAAAACGUCGCAUGCCACCGCCGCUGCUGCUGCGGCGGGAGAACCUCCACUGCUGGGCCUCACAACGUCUUGCUGUGGCACGGAUAAGGAACAGGAGGAGAAUAAGGUAGAUCUUACCACGUCGACGAGCAGGACCUCCAACGGGCGACACCAGCCGAACUCGGAAAGUGUCCACGCUGUACCGCCCACAAGUGGCGGCCGCGGGGAGCAGGAUCAUGAAAAGAGCGACCGCACGUCCACAGCGCUGGCGACGGUGAAGAAGAUGAAGAGGACCCCGGCGCAGCAGCCCCCUGUUGCUUCACAACUGAAGAUGAGCAGCAAUAGUGUUCUUAGUGUUGACCGCACAGGCUUGGGACACUGCGCCGGCGAAAGAAACAUACCGAAUACCAGCCCGCGCACGGCAACGGAUCUUGGAGAAUUGUACCAGGUCAAAGGGCCCGCUUACAAGUGGUGCUCCCCGCCGUCCGGGUCGCGUUGUGAGUAUCAUUUCGCAGAUAAUGCGGUGACCGACGAGGAUUACGCCUUCCCCUUCCCCUCAGACGUAUCGGCAAGCAAGUGCUACUAUCGGCGCGGCCCGUACAAAGGUAAGCAGGCCGAUUUGGACCAUGGGGUAGAAGAGUGUCGGCACCUGUGUGACCACAUUGAGGGCUGCACGUUCUACGCGGCAGAAUACAUGGAAUCCGAGGAAGAAGGGUGGGUCGACGGCGAAGAGGAGCGAUACCAGUGCCAUUUCUACGCGAUCAUAUCAAAUGCAAAAAUGUCUGUGUCUGGAAGAUUCUGACACUUGUCUUGCACGUUUUGCAUGAGCCAUGAUGUCUGUGAUGCACCCCCAUAGCAAUACAGAUUUUUUGAGGGCUUCUUGAUGCGUAUUCCGCAUGCCAAGUGCCUUCUCAGCGUAGCAAAAAUUGCCUUUCCUGUGGUACUCAUGCGAUACAAUUUUUUUUGGAAUCCAAAUGCAGCAUCACAAGUUGCAUUCUCCCAGCCCCAGACAUUUUUACAUUUGAUAGAUCAAGAAGCCGGAGUACUACAAUAACCCCUCGAACGCCGCGAAAUGCAAACCGACCCCACAUAGCUGGAUCAACGAUUACCACACUGGUACCGGCAUUUACGCCUAUCCGGUGUUUAUUUUUCAAUGCGUAGCAGGACAGCCAAAUCAAAGUCUGGUGAUUUGUCAGUGCGCCAAUGGAGAGAAAAACGAAGACGCGGAGUCCUGUCCGGCACACCUGGCGCAGAACUGCGAAUCGUGUGACGAAUCAAAGUGGAGGAAAAGGCAAAAUUGGCCGCAAACGGGCCACACUUCCUGCUGGCCCAAGUGUGGUUCCAAUUCUAAUCAGCUAUGUCACCAGAAGGAGGGAAGCAACGGUAGCAACGGCUACUACAUCCCGUCACCCGACGAAACGUACUGCGCCGACGACGUUCCUUACACCUACAAUGAUGGGAGCUGGCCCUUUACCCAGUGCCGCGACAGUUGCUGCAGACGGGGCUGCAAGAAGCCCGUCGCCGGCGUUCUGAAUAAACUACAGGGGAGCAUAAGCAAUUCUAACUGGCAGUCGCGUUUGCGCGCUGUGAACUGGUUACCCGGCAUGACUGAAGGCGCCGCCAAUGCUAUCUCCGGCGUGAGCUGUAAAGACGAAUGGGACCCAAACUACCCGGCCGAAUUCUAUUGCGAAACCGCGGGCGAGUAUCCUAUGUAAAAACGUACCCACCCCAUAGUCAAGAUGGGGAAUCGGCUAGACAAAUCGACAAGCUUUGGCUGUUUCGCAUGACAAAUUUGGACGCGUAGUGUAGUGCUGUUUGAGCUAGUUCAGCAGCAUUACAGAUCUAGUCUCUCAUGCUGAUUGGAGCAUGACAAAUUUCAAAACAGCAUUGGAAAAUGCUUCUCAUGGGGCUCCGCAUGAGAAACAUUCUAAGCAUGCAGAUUUGCAUGACAACUAUGGUGUGGGGACGUUUUUACACAGGAUAGCGAGCCACUGAAAAUGAAGGGGUGCGACCAGAAGACUUGCGAGUUAUCCUGUGCAAAAGUAUCGUACUCAUAGUAAUCUCAGUCAUGCAUUACAAAUUUCUUUGUCAAGUCAAAUCCGCAUUACAAAUUUUAUUUCUCAUGCUGAGGAAAUUUGCAAUGCAUCUAUACGAGUGUGAUACUUUUGCAAUUCAUACGAGUGCCCCAACGGCAACCCUGACGCCAGCGCGUGUGAUAAACAUGGCGACAUACAGUGCGCGAGCUGCACGGAUUCGAACAGAUGGAUUCUGCGGACCGACAACUGGCCCGCCGUUGGGCAAAAGGGUUGCUUUCCAAAGUGCGGGGCGAGUAAUGCGCUAGGCUGUCCCAAAAAGAAUGCGAACGGCGUUCAUUUCAUCCCAACUAGCAAUCCAGACGAAUUAUGCACCAACGUCGCCGACAGCGACGCCCGGACACUCAAUUUCGACCCCGCUGCCAAAUGCCGCGAGACCUGCUGCAAGCAAGGGUGCAAAGUUCCAAGUAGCGCGGCCCUGGGGAAACUGAAUAGGGGCGCGGGCUGGGGGAACUGGAAAACCGAGCUGGUGACAGAAAAGUUCACACCGGGCAUGACCAUGGCUGGUGCGAAAACGAUCUCCGGUGUGGCCUGCAACCCCGAGUGGGACCCGAGCUCCCCAGCCAAAUUCUACUGCGAAAAUCCGGGGCAGCCACUGCAGCUGAAGGGAUGCGACCAGAAGACUUGCCGUUGCCCCCACGGAACUCUCGAUGAGGGCGCGUGUGACAAGCACGGGGACAUCCAGUGUGCGAGCUGCACCGCCCCGAACAAAUGGACGCUGCGGAACAACUGGCCCGCCCCUGGCCAAAAAGGUUGCUUUCCGAAGUGCGGGACUUCUGCCUACCAAAAUUGCGCCGCGCUAGGUGCAGGAAGUGGAAUUCACUACAUUGCCAGCGACAGUGGAACUCUUUGCGAAGGUAUUGAUGAUUCGAACGCCCUGGAUGAGGAUCAGAGCCUCGACCCCAAAACUGCUUGUCAAACCAGCUGCUGUAGGCAGGGGUGCAUGGUUCCGAGCGCCGCCGACCUUGCGAAACUGAAUCGGGACGCGAACUGGAACAAGUGGGGAAUCGAACUUAUCCAGCAGAAAUUCUUGCCGGGGAGUGGAGCGAAAUCGAUCAGCGGCGUAUCAUGCAACGGCGACUGGGACCAGAGUAGUCAACCGAAGUUCUAUUGCGACAGCCCAGGAGAAGCACUGAAAAUGACGGGCUGUGAUGUGAAAACUUGCAGCUGUCCCAACGGCGCUGUCGAUUCGGGCUCGUGCGCUGCGCACGGCCAAAUUCAGUGUCAAAGCUGCGGUGACCCGGCUAAAUGGACGCUGCGGAACAACUGGCCCAGCGUUGGAGAAAAAGGCUGCUUUCUAUCCACAGUAAAUUUCCCGCACACGUACAAAUGCGGUCUCUGCAUGACAAAACUGCGGCUCGAGCCUCAUUUGGCAUGACAAAUCUUACACCCCAAUGAAUUGGUGAAAUUUGUGAUGCAUUUUGUACAUGUACAGGAAUGGAAAUUUGUAUUGCAUACUUUCCGAUUUGCGGCGAUGCCUCCAACCAAGAUUGCGCCCAGCCGGAUGGAAACUCGGUGUACUUUAUCCCUACAACCCCCGCGGAAACUUAUUGUCCAGGGGUGAGCAACACCGUAGCCCUUAUUAAUGGGCAGUACCCCACUGAUACCUGCCACGACCACUGCUGCAGACAAGGGUGCAAGAACCCGGGGAGCGCGGCGCUCGCGAAGCUUGGUGACAACUUGGGAACUGGUUUUGACUGGACGAGCUACUUGACGAGUGAGAACGCGCUGCCGCGUGGGGAUUUCGCUUUCGUGCAGCGUGGGAUUGAAAAACCAAGCGGGGAGGGUUUCAUCUCUGCCCCAUGGAACACGUGCGUAUCCUGUGCAAAAGUAUCGUACUCGUAGUAAUUACAGUCAUGCAUUACAAAUUUUUCUCUCAAGUUAAAUCCGCAUUACAAAUUUUAUUUCUCAUGCUGAGGAAAUUUGUCAUGCGAUUUAUACUAGUACGAUGCUUUUGCAUUUCAUAGUGCGACUCCACCGGUGACACCCCACUGGCCGUCAGCAAACUUACGGACCGGUUCCCGGUUCGUUGCUGCGGCGACGAGGACCUUGUGGCCAGCUUAUGAACGUGAAAUAACGCAUGAUGAUCAUGAUGUCAUAGGCUGGGUCUUGAUAAAUAAAGAGCCUACAUCAAGAUGAACUUCUACACCGAUUUCUUAGUUUAGUAAAAAUCGUUCUCCUUGCUCGGCGUGGACAGACAGACCGACGCAGUUCGAGCCAGUGCCAGAAAAACCGCUUCUAUUGAAAGCAGCUCGUGUCGUUUUUGGUUUGGUGCUGUGUCAUGCAAAACGUGCACGAGCUAGAGUUUGUGCCAUGGCCAUGCUGAUGCAGUUGCAGCAUAAUGUUGAAAUUCUGCUGCGUUGUAGCUAGUUUAUCCGGCUAAAAAAUUAUUACCUCUCCCAAGAAAUCACGAGCACGAUUCCUUUCGAGACCCAGAAGAUAUAAUUAUCGCGUUUUUUACACGUGAUAGUAUGGCGCUUUCGUUUCCAGCAAGUCCAUCGUCAACCCGCGAGACACUAACACGCGAGUCGACUGCAAGACGCCGGCAGGGCCAGAUGGCAGCCAAAUGUGUAAAGCUGACUGGGCAGUUUCGGAGCUUUACACGUACGAAGACGCCGUCCAGCUCUGCGAGAACACGGGCAACCGGAUAUCCUAUGUAAAAACGUCCCCACACCAGAGUCAAGCUGGGGAUCUCGCAACACAAAUCGAGAAGUUUUGGGGGUCCAGCAUGACAAGUUCGUCUCUCUAUUGUAGUGCAGUUUAGCAAGCACAGCCGCAACACAAAUCCAUCUACUCAUCCUGUCGACAGCAUUACAAAGCGCAAAACGCGAUUGGAAAUGCCUCUCAUGUGGAUGCGCAUUACAAAUCUUCCUGUAGCUGCAAAUCUGCAUGACAACUCUGGGGUGGGUACAUUUUUGCUCAGGAUAGCGGAGGUUGUGCACGCCGGAGGAACUGAUGACGAAGCGCGAAGUAUCCUAUUUAAAAACGUCCCCACACUAUAGUUGUCAUGCAAAUCUGCAUGCUUAAAAUGUUUCUCAUGCGGAACCUCAUGAGAAGCAUUUUCUAAUGGUGUUUUGAAAUUUGUCAUGCUCCAAUCAGCAUGAGAGACUAGAUCUGUGAUGCUGCUGAGCUAGCUCAAACAGCACUACGCGACGAAUCCAAAUUUGUCAUGCAGAACAGCCAAAACUUGUGGAUUUGUCUGGCCGAUUCCCCAUCCUGACUCUGGUGUGGGGACGUUUUUACAAAUGAUACGAAGAUCAGAACUUUCUGUGUCAGGGCACCGGCGGCGGCUGCGACAAUGGCUGCAUCUGGACCGCGACGACACCCAUUACCGUCAUAGGGGCGCAGUGCCGGACCGGCGCCUUUACCGGCGCUGCGCCGACGUUCUUUUGCGACAAUCCCGGCGAGGAAAUGCGGAUGGAGGGGUGCGAAUUGCAGGUGGUCGACUGUGUGGGGGCCUGGGACUUUGCUACAGAUGCCGACCUUAUCGAACAACAGUGUGAGGGCAACGGAGAAACAUUGACCCGGUUUCACACUCAAACCACCCCCGCAGAAAAUGGCGGAGCGGAGUGCGAGCACCACGACGGGAAAGACAUUAUGGUUCAGUGUCCGUUUAUGGAUGUGUCAGGUUUGAAAUCGUCAGAGUUGAAAUAGUUUGCCAUGCAUAAAAUGGAUGCCAGUUGGAGCCCAGUUUUUAAAUGGCGCAUGACAAGUUUUGGUGGUGCCUGAAUCCAGUUUGUAAUGCUGUUUGGGUAAGGAAGACGCGUUUUAUUGUCAUGCUACUUUAGCAGCUCUAUCUCUACCCCUCAACAGGCUUGCAAUCUGCCAUCCUUGCCUACUCUGCAAGACAGGCACUUUGUGGGUUGCAUUUUAUGCAUCACAAAUUAUUUCAACUUUGUCGAUUUCAAACCUGACGCUUCCAUACCGUUGUACAGCUGCCGGUGCGACAACGGUGAACCCGAGACGGGGUCAGCGUGCGCUGCUGAUGGUAGUACGGUCUGGUGUUUGGAAUGGAAGUGCUACGACGGGAACCAUGCAGUAGUACUCAAUGGGACCACGAGGUGCGAAGUGAAUCAGUGCAGGUGCGACCAUGGUAUCGCCGCCACUGGGGUGAACUGUACCGCGGAUGGCCUGACGGUCGGUUGCGUCGACUGCAGCAAGAUGACGGGGUACCGCACGACGCCAAGCUCGGACGGGCAGACCCAGCAGUGCAUUUUGAUGCAGUGCAGCUGUCCGGACGGAAGGGGUCCGCCCAAAACGGGCGAGGAGUGCGCACCCGGGGACGGGAGCGUCCAGAAGUGCGAGAGCUGCACCGCAGUGGGCUUCCAUCUGGACGAGGCAACGGAACUCUGUGUCGCAAACGUCUGCACCUGUUCGCACGGCACGGCGGCGAACGGAACAGCGUGUACUUCCCACGACGCGGAAAUCUGCACUAGUUGCGACGUCAGCGGGGGCUUUCACCUGGAAGAUUAUACUGCAAAUGACGGAACGACGUCGAAUAAAAUGUGUGUCGCCAACAACUGCACUUGCAGCGAAGCCGGCGGGAGUCCUGCGGUUGGUGCGGAGUGCACCACACACAACGCGGAGAUUUGUGCUGUUACUUCCACGCCAACAAGUUCUACCUCCGCGACAUCGGCUAAUGUUGGUGGAGAUGAAACUUCGACUACGACAACCACAACGACUGCAACUUCUUCUGCUACUGGUAACAGCACGCAAGAUCGGCAUUUGCUUGACGACGAAAAAGUAGAAGAAAUCAAGUUUACCAACGACACUACCGAUGAAACAACGACCGAGACCACCACCGAAACUUCCGGGGGGUUAAGCGCCGGCGUGGUUGGCGCUGUCGUUGGCGUUUUGUUUCUCAUUCUUGCCGUACUGGCAGUCUGGUUUUUCGUGCUCCGGACAGAUAAGGACGAAAAGGAUGUUGCGCCGCAAGCAACAGCUACCCCACCAGCACAGGAUACAACCCCCGGGAAAACUCCACCUCGCAAGUCAUCCGACCUGCGCUUUGAAUUCGAGCCGGUCAACAACGCCCUGUUGGAUGCGGGUUUGACGGCCGCCUACGCGGGGCAGCUGGCACACCAGAUUUGCGAUGAGGAUGUGGAAGACGACGACGUAUUGGCGAAACCGACCGACGCGCGUGAUUCGCUCAUCAUGAGGCGGCUUGGCCUCGAGUUUCUCGACGAGGAUCCGGAACGGGUGGGUCGCCUCCGCGGCUUCCUCCUUAACGUGGCGAAACAGCAAAGGAAAAAGAGCAUUCUGAACCAUGAUGAAGGUGGUCAACAGACCAGAAUGUCCGCCGCAGCGAAUGCGCAGGCUGGGUCGACGGUAGUGCACUUGCACAGAGGCACAGGCACUUCUGGCACGACCGCGACCGGACUUGGAGCCGAUUUUUCGGAGCAAACCAUUAAAAGCCACAUGACUACUAGCACCGGCGGGACGGAGGUGGAUCAGGAACUUGGCCAGCAGGGCAACGACCACGACGAGCAGGCGAUGACCCUGAAUUUGGAUGAAACCAAGCAGAAACUCGCUGAGGAAGGGUUUUCCCCGCGCGCCGCGGAGUUUCUCGCGGGCAAGCUGGCCGAGCGGGCUGCGGCAAUGGAACAUCAAAUGGGAGGUGGUGGACCAGCACGUCGGUCGCAAGGAACAACGCACAGCGGUGUGUCCAAUGCCACAGCGGGGUACCUGCGAGCUUCGAACGAAACCGUCGCUAUGCAGGAAAACUCGGCGGGCGAGGAGCAGGCUGGUGGUGCAGGGCCAUCAAUGAAGCGAAACAAGGAGCAACUGACGCCGGCGGCGCGGCUGGCACAGCUGAUGAAAAUUUCGCCGGAGGAUCUGGAAGAGUGGGACUGGGAGAUGCACGUGGAACAGGCUGACAAGGAAAAGAUGGUGGUAUGGAUUGCAAGUAUGUCUGGGUCUGGAAACUUGUGAUGCUGAGUCGUGAAUAGUGAAUGCUCUGUAAUGCAAAGCCAAGCAAGAGAAAUAUUUGCGCGGGUCAGUAUUCUAUUGCGCUUUUCGCAUAAAAAGCAGCGUUUUUGCAUCACAAGAGAAAGGAUUUCUUAUUGGACACGCAUGACAAACUCUUCAGUCAUGCCAGACAGGCAUGACAAACGUUACAUCCUUCCAGACCCAGACAUGUUUGCUCUUGAUAGCUGGAAAUGAUGGAGAAAUUCGGCGACGCGGAGUAUCUCCAGCGCUUCGGAUAUGGAUGUGUCAGGAUUGAAAUUGACAAAGUUGAAAUAACUUGUAAUGCAUAAAAUCGAUACCAACAGGACCCACAGUUUCUAGUCGGUGCAUGACAAAUUUUGUUUGUACCGGAGGCCAGUUUGUCAUGCUGUUUCGGGCAAAGGGGCUCCCCUCUGUGAUGCUAAUCAGCAGCCCCAUUCUCGACCCUUACCAGCACUACAAUCUGCCUCCCUUGCGUCCUCUGCAAUAGAGGCAAUUCCUGCGUUGCAUUUUAUGCAUGACAAACUAUUUCAACUCUGACGAUUUCGAUCCUGACACAACCAUAUCGGCAACUUCCUGGUGCCGGCGCACACGACCAAAAAGAAAAAAAAUCGCCACUCCACCCGGGUCAUCAACUUCAACCUGCGUGCCUUCGCCGAGGUCGAGGAUCUCACUUUCGGGGACACGGAAGCCGUGAACGCACUGGCGAAUUUUGUCGCUGUCAUGCCACCCAAGAAACGGUUCGAAAGAAAACACGACAAUAAAGAUCAUAGCCAGAGGAUGAGUACAGCAUCGACGUCUCAUGCGACAAAGAUCCAACCUGGAGAUGGAAACCUCCUGCCCCAACAAGAACAUGGGCAACAUCAACAGGACGAACAACGUGGUGGCUCCUUUGCCCGGCGUAGCAGCAUAGACAAGAAGGCCCUGGCCAGCGGGAUCCUCGGGAGUGGGAAAAACUUUUUGGGAAACAACAGUCCUAAAAAUUCGCCCAUGAUGUUCCCUAAUUUGGAUGAAAAAGACCUCGAGACCGGAAGCUUUGACUCCGGUGGGGACCACCAGCACGAGACCUCGCCGGUGGAGAGUGUCUUGCCCAGUGCCGUCGGCGCGUAUCAUGUGAGCAAGCCUCCGCUGGUUUCUUCAGCCGUCUCAGAAUCCUCGGAGGACUCAGGGGGGGAGGAGGCAGAGACGAGCGGGGAUCUUGAGGGGCAAACCACGCCCGGGGGCACGAUUGUGAGGAAAAAGAAAAAAAUUGUGAAAAAAAAGAAAGCCACUGGCACGACCACCGCUGGCACUUCUCCACCUGCAGCAGGUGCAACUACGAGUAGCAAGCCGACAAAAAUUCCUAGUUCGUUGCCAUUCCCAUUGCCGCAUAAGAAAACCGCCGGUGGUGCUUCUCCCGCUGGCACCAGCGUUGCGUCUUCUGGCAGCGAGACAGAAGGUGGAGCAGCUUCUACGGGUGAGGCGAGUAAGAAGGAAAUGAAAGCUGCUGGUGCUGCUGGUCAGCCACAUCACAAGAAGAAAUCGACCACUGCUGCCAGCACGACCAAAGUAGAUAAGAAGCAUUUUGACGCCGAAACGGAGAAUUUGGUGCACCAAGCCACCGAGGCGCUUGUUGACGUGGGUUUCAAGAAGCAGCAUGCGACCAAGAUUGCGGAAAAGAUUGCGGGCAAAACGGCUGCGGAGUUGGGGGAGAAAGCGCUGGCCUUAACGGAGGAAGAAAAGAAGAUUGCGGCGGCCGGACUGGCAGGGGCUACGGUGAAUGACUUGCAAGACCUCGCGGAGGAGUUGGUGGCGCAGAAAGCGGCCUUCUUCGCGAAGCAGCUCUCGCCGGAAUCGCAGGCGCAGGCGGCCAAGAGCAAAGCGGUCGGCCAGCCUUUAUCGCUCCUGGGAGAAAAAUGCGCGUCGCCGGGAAAGCCGAAAGCCAAGCGAAAAGCGAAGGCAAAACACAAGGCGAAGGGUAAGGAGGGCGAAGUUUCGACGGGGGAAGAGGAGGGGCACCUACGAGACGAGGAGAUCUUUUCUUUCGCUUAAGCGGCUGCUGCACCGAAUAAAAAGAUCUGAAGUUGUUGCUAUAGAGGGUCCUCGUCCUCGUUUCUUUACAACUCAGUUCUUGCUUUUUUUCAUUUGCAGUUGGCAGGAACAGGCAAAACGAAAUACAUGCUGCGUGAUUCCCACUUUAAAAACUAUUUGAUAGACAUUCUUGUUUUUUCUUUGUUAGUCACACAUACACACACAGUUUAAGAUUAUCGCAUUUCCAUUUAGUUUCGUUGUAUUCGUAUUCGUAUUUUUCCAUCAUGUGGGUGCGAUGCCACCAGCACACACGACAGAAGAAUUUUUACCUGUUAGUACUAGUAGUACUUCUCAGGGUUUAGUCUUUUUUCGUUCAUCGCAAAUUUUAGCCUUUUUU